AUGUUAGCGGCCUUAAUCUCUUUACUUCUUGUCACUCUCUUUGUUGUCCUCCUCCACAUCUAUGCCAAAUGGUUCCUCACCCAGGCCCGUCACCAGCGUCGCAGCUCUAUCGCCGUCUCUCAAGUGCUAGGCCAACCUCGGUUGCACCAUUUUCAUUCCAUAUCGUUUGACCACACCACCCCACCUACUCGCUCUCCCACCAAAGGACUCGACGCCUUGGUGAUUUCAGCAAUCCCUCUUUUUAUUUACGUGUCGGAGAAGGAGUGCAAGAUUGGAUUAGAAUGCGUCAUUUGCUUGAGCUUGUUUGAAGAGAAUGAGAUAGGGAGGAGUUUGCCUAAGUGUAAGCAUGUGUUUCACGUCGAGUGCAUCGACAUGUGGUUGAGUUCUCAUUCGAAUUGUCCGAUUUGUAGGGUUCCGGUGGUUCGUCAUCAGAAUUCGAGGAAUGGAAUUGGUAAUAACUUGGAAUUGACUGAAAAUGAAUUGCAGAUUGUUAUUGGUGGGUAA